AGAGCGCUUCUACGGAAAGCCGUUGGGUCAAACCACUGCUUGGUUAAACCCCCUUCGCAAUCAGCAAUCUCGACAGUCCGACAUUCUUCUAAUGGAAAGAUAAUGGUGAGAAUGGGGCCGCUAUUCAAGGCAAAGGAAAAAGCUGCUGCAUUUGUCGAUCGGCGUUGAAGUGUGCCGAUGGUCGAUCAGGACCGACAGCUUGAUGAGCAGACGAAGCUGCGGCGGAGAACGGUUCAGGUGGCAGCUUCGAGGAGACCGCUGUGAUGCUACGUAGGCAACUGCAAGAAAAGGGCUUUUCUACUAUGAGAGAGUGUGUGUGAGUCCGGUUUUCUGGAAACAGAGGAGCCCUACCGUUCUUUUUUGUUGUUUUAAUUUACUUUUGGUUAUCACUUUGCUGUUUUUUUUAGGACACAGCGAGGAUACACAGUGAGCUGGUGAAGUUUUGGGGAAUGGCAGGUCGAAGCCGAAGAGCAUGGUUUAGUGUUCUGUUGGGACUGGUGGUCGGGUUCACGCUGGCUUCCAGGCUCAUCUUACCCAAGGCGACGGAGUUGAAGAAAGCUGGACAGAAACGGAAGGCAAACCCUGCCGGCUGUGGGUUGAACGCGGGUCACAGAACGGAAUACGGCGGAGUGCUAUGGCCACCGCAAGAUAACGGUCCACCGGCGACAGAGAAGCCCGGCCCCCGGUCCAAUAAGUUCCUGUUCGUUGGUGUCAUGACGGCUCAGAAAUACCUGAACAGCCGAGCCGUGGCGGCGCAUAGGACAUGGGCACAGACCGUUCCAGGUCGUGUGGAGUUCUUCUCCAGUGAGGGCUCUGACACCUCCAUACCCAUUCCCAUAGUGGCCCUGAGGAAUGUGGAUGACUCGUACCCGCCGCAGAAAAAGUCCUUCAUGAUGCUCAAGUACAUGCACGACCAUUACCUGGACAAGUACGAGUGGUUCAUGAGGGCCGAUGACGACGUCUACAUCAAGAGUGAGAAGCUGGAGGGCUUCCUGCGCAGCCUCAACAGUAGCGAGGCCAUCUUCCUGGGCCAAACGGGCAUGGGAGCCCGAGACGAGCUGGGGAAACUGGCCCUGGAGCCCGGAGAGAACUUCUGCAUGGGGGGGCCAGGGGUCAUCAUGAGCCGCGAGGUCCUCAAGAGGAUGGUGCCCCACAUCCGAGAGUGUGUACAGGAGAUGUACACCACCCAUGAGGAUGUGGAGGUGGGCCGGUGUGUCAGGAGGUUUGCCGGGGUCCAGUGUGUCUGGUCCUAUGAGAUGCAGCAGCUCUUCUAUGAGAACUAUGAACCAAAUAAGAAGGGCUACAUACGAGACCUCCACAACAGCAAGAUCCAUAGAGCCAUCACCCUCCACCCCAACAAGAACCCUCCUUACCAAUAUCGCCUACACAGCUACAUGCUCAGCCGGAAGAUUGCAGACCUGCGCCACCGAACCAUUCAGCUCCACCGGGAGAUCGUUCAGAUGGGACGCUACGGAGCAAAUGAGCCCAGUCGAGAGGACCUCCAGCUUGGCAUGCCGCCUUCCUUUAUGCGCUUCCAUCCACGGCAGAGAGAGGAGGUCUUGGAGUGGGAGUUCCUGACAGGGAAGUACCUGUUCUCAUCCUCUGACAGUCAGCCGCCCCGCCGCGGGAUGGAUUCCUCCCAAAGGCAAGCCCUGGAUGACAUCAUCAUGCAAGUGAUGGAGAUGAUCAAUGCCAAUGCCAAGACGCGAGGGCGGGUCAUUGACUUCAAAGAAAUCCAGUAUGGCUACCGGAGAGUCAAUCCCUUAUACGGGGCAGAGUAUGUGCUCGAUCUGCUACUGCUGUACAAGAAGCACAAAGGAAAGACCAUGACAGUUCCUGUGAGGAGGCAUGCCUACCUGCAGCAGACCUUCAGCCAGAUCCAGUUCAGAGAGGAGGGGGAGAUGGAUGCUAGAGCUCUUGCCAGCCAUAUCAACAAGGAUUCAGACUCACUCUCAUUUCUGUCCAACUCUCUCAAGAUGCUGGUGCCUUUCAAGCUGGCCACCUCUGGCCAGGACCAGAGGGAACCAAAAGAGAAGAAAGUCAACAUCUUGGUACCCCUGUCGGGGCGCUAUGACAUCUUUGUGCGUUUCAUGGCUAACUUUGAACGAGUUUGUCUGAUCCCAAACCAGAACGUCAAGCUGCUGAUCCUGCUCUUCAGCACAGACAACACAGAGCGGGUCAAGCAGGUGGAGCUGAUGAGGGAGUAUCACAUGAAGUAUCCUCGGGCCGAGAUGGAGAUAAAGCCCGUCACCGGCUCCUUCUCCAGGGCUCUGGCUUUGGAAGUGGGUUCCUUGCACUUCUCCAAUGAUUCACUGCUCUUCUAUUGUGAUGUGGAUCUGCUUUUCACCAGUGACUUCCUCAAGCGUUGUCGGACCAAUACAGCCUUGGGGGAGCAGACCUACUUCCCCAUCAUCUUCAGCCAGUAUGACCCCAAGGUGGUGUAUGCUGGUAAGGUCCCUAGCAACAACCACUACGUCUUCACCGCAAAGACGGGUCUGUGGAGGAACUACGGCUUCGGGAUAGUCUGUGUCUACAAGGGGGACUUAGUUCGAGCUGGAGGCUUUGAUACCUCUAUACAGGGGUGGGGUUUGGAGGACGUGGACCUUUUUAAUAAAUUUGUCCAGUCUGGGAUUAAGUUGUUCAGAAGCACAGACACAGGGAUAGUGCACGUUCACCACCCCGUCAUAUGUGACCCAAACCUGGAGGCAAAGCAAUAUAAGAUGUGUCUGGGGUCCAAGGCCUCGUCGCACGGCUCCACCCAGCAGCUAGCCGAGCUCUGGCUGGAGAAGAACGACCACGGCUUCAGGAGACUGGCCAGCAAUAACGGCUCAGUUAGGACAGCGUGAGAAAAGCCGGGCUGCAGACUGUCAUAAACUGAAAAGUUAACCCGGUCUGUGCUUACUUCUCACUGCGUGGUGUUUUCACUACCUAAUUUAUUUUUUACUGAAACGAAAGACUUCACAUGGAUAUAUUUUGAAAAUAUGUCUUAAAAAAAAAAAAAAAAAAGGUCUGCGUUCUAGUAUGGAAUUACAUAAUUGAUUAAUGAUCAAUGAAAUAUUUUGUGAGCCUGAUUCCAGCAAGGUCACGAGGCCCCUCUUGCCUGUGACAUGAAGUACACCGUCAUGGCCCUUGAAUAUCCCAUUUGUCUUGCAGAAAACAGACUGGUGGUCCAUACUCAGGCCAUCAGUGCUCCAAAUAUAACUCAACUCUUGAUUGUGAAUGUUUACAAAAGACUGAUUGUCAACAACAUUUCAUAAAUGACUCAGAUCACAGCUAUCUCAGUGGCCGUGGUUCCACUUGUCUUUUCAAUGUUUCCCUUGCUCGUAUUGGAAUCCCAUCAGGAUGCCGAGGUGGCCUGGCUUUGCAUUCAGGUCUCAGUGAGUGUGGACAGCAUGUGGAUCCAGAAAGUUUAUCAAACGUAGGUCUCCAUCGUCUUCCCCCCCACACCAGAGUUCCUCUCCUGAGGAGAGCAGAGGAGGAGAUCCAGGCCGGAGCCCUGCUGAGACCUGCUGUCUUGAGUCCUGUUAACCUACAUUUUGAUUUCUGAUUUUGCUGCUUUUAAAUAACAAAACACAGGAGAUUUUUCUUAGAAGAAUUUAUGAGAAAAUGUAUUUAUUACUGAAUUAGGGGAGCUUUGUUGGCAACUAUUCUUCAAUAAAACAAGUCUCCUAAUGCGGCAAGGAGGAAGAGUAAAUAGCAAAAAUAACGGGACUUUUAUUGUGAAACAUUUGCAGAAAAUGAAAUGUCUUUAUCCAUCGUUCUACAGCCACCCCUUUGACCACACAACGUAUCCCUGUCGGGGCAGUCACACUGAAGUGUCACGGCUGAGUUGACCUGACAAAAGUCACAUUGAUAAGACGAGUGUAACCACAGCCGAUGACUUCUAAGGGCCGUGUCAGUACAUCAUUUCAUUUACAAUGGUUUUCUUCCAUUUGCUUGUAUGGGUUUGGUAAUAUGACGCAACCCUGUUGUUUCUCCUGGAUCUUUUUUAUUUUAUUUUUUUAUUUCUGUGAACCCAACUGCUGGAUUUUAUAUCUGCAAUUGAUAUUUUGCUGUCUUAUUUAUUGAAUUUGCAGGCUCCACUUCUACUGUCUGAAAAGAUUGUAUAACCAUGUCAGUUGUUGGAUGGUGUUUUACCGUGUUGCUUUUCUCAAACUCAUUAUCACCAAAGAGUUUUGCACAGUCGUGUCUGUGUGUGUGUGUGACUGUGUGUGUCUGUGUGUGACUGUGUGACGGUGUGUGACUGUGUGUGACGGUGUGUGUGACUAUGUGACGGUGUGUUUGUG